UGUACUGCUCAUUUGCCUUGCGCAUGAAGCAACCUUUGGAUUCACUUCUGCACCCCCUACCUUCUGCAAACCUCCACCCUCUUGCCAAAAAGGAUCAUCAUUUCAGCACAUCCCAAAACCCAUUAACAGCUGUGGAGGCCGUUUCCUGCUUUUGCUUUAGUAGCCGAACCCCUAAAAAACACCCAAAAGGCGAAUUCCGAUUUCAAUUAGUAUACUCGGUUUGAAUAGUCCGUGUGAUUGCUUCUAGGAGGUUUACAGUUUAGUAAUGAAGGAGUACAUCUGAUGCCCAUGAAGUAGCCAUGAACAGGAGUCACGUAGGUUCAGUCAGCAGCUCCGAUCUUAUCGAUGCCAAGCUCGAACAGCAUCGGAUGUGUGGAUCAAAGCAGUGUCCCAGCUGUGGCCACAAGCUCGAUGGAAAGCCGGACUGGGUUGGGCUACCAGCAGGAGUAAAGUUUGAUCCGACGGACCAAGAAUUGAUAGAACACCUCGAGGCCAAGGUUAAAGGAGAAGAAUCGAGGUCCCAUCCUCUGAUAGAUGAGUUUAUACCCACAAUAGAAGGAGAAGAUGGCAUCUGCUACACUCAUCCUGAGAAACUCCCAGGUGUGACAAGAGAUGGCCUAAGCAAGCACUUCUUCCACAGGCCAUCAAAGGCCUACACCACAGGCACAAGAAAGAGAAGGAAGAUCCAAACAGAAUGUGACCUCCAGAGGGGCGAGACAAGGUGGCAUAAGACUGGCAAAACCAGGCCGGUAAUGGUCAAUGGAAAGCAAAAGGGGUGCAAGAAAAUACUAGUUCUGUACACCAACUUCGGGAAGCACAGGAAACCUGAGAAGACCAACUGGGUCAUGCACCAGUACCACUUGGGGGAGCUAGAGGAAGAGAAGGAAGGGGAGCUGGUGGUGUCUAAGAUAUUCUACCAGACCCAGCCAAGGCAGUGUAACUGGUCAGACAGGAGUGCAGCAACAGCAGCAGCAGCUGGGGAGGUAAUGGACAGAAGGCGGGACAGUGGGAGUGGGAGCUGCUCCUCAAAAGAGAUGGUUAGCCAGAGGGAUGAGCUCACUUCUGGGGUUGGUAUCUCAGGAUACAGUGCCUUGGAGAUCCAGCAGAAUAUCAAGCCAGAUAAUUUCAGCUUUGCUCCAUUUAGGAAAAGAUUUGAUGAGGUCGGCAUGGGAGAGGCAGCAGCAAAGGCAAGAGAGGAGCAUGAGGAACAUGAGCAGUUCCACACAUUACCGCAGCAUCAUGUGACCCAAGAACAUCAGCAUCGGCAGGCGGCACCGAUCGCAGCCUUCCAUAUCAGCAGGCCUACGAACCCCAUCCCCACCAUCAUCUCGCCUCCUCCACCGCACCAGACGUCGAUUGUGCUCGAUGACCCCUACCAUGUCUCAGGGCUCCUGCUCCCACCUGAUAAGUUUCAGCAGCAGCAGCAGCAACAGCAGCAGCAGAAGCUGGAUCAUAGAUCUACUUCUGGCCUGGAAGAAUUGAUAAUGGGUUGCACUGCAUCUGGCGUUAAAGGAGAAACGUCAAUGCCACACUCCCAAGAAUGGCAGUACUCUUACUGGUCGCCUGACAACCCAGAUCAUCAUGGGUAAUAACGAAGGAGAGGAAAACCAAGAAAGUUAGUGGAACAUCAUCAUUAGCAUCAUCAGUACUUAGACUAUACAAUGUUGUUUUUUUCAAGGAGUGAAACAAGUUUGGAGGAAAAAACAAAAUGGUCCCCUCUAUCUUCUUCGCCACAGGGACUUGGGUAAGUAGCUGACGGGUCAGCGAGUAAAAACUAACCGUACGGUAAUCCAGGUUGGAUAGAAACAAAGUGCAAAGUUGUGGGUGAAAAAGAAAAGGAAAAAAAAAGACAAAAAAAAAAAA